CCUGUCCCCAUGAAUUUACUUCUCUGAAUAUGGAUCCAGUACCUAUAUAGCCAACAUAGGUCAUGCCAAGACAACCAUCUGGGUAUCUCUUGCACCAAGACUAUUGAUUGGUACAGCCUGUGGAGUUGGGUGGCAUCUUCACAGUGGCCAUGCCGCCAUCCUCUGAAAUUCUACUGUUGGCUCUAAGUUUAUCUGUUCAGGUGGCCUCAGGGGAUCAGUGCACUGGAGGCAGCAACAUCUUCACAGAGAUUCUCGAAAACAGCCCUAAUGGGACAUUUGUGGCUAACCUGUCAGUAUUUGGGGAUCCAGUGACUACUACAGUAAAACUUUGUUUAAGUGGUACAGAUGCAGAUUGGUUUUACCUGGAUGGGAAAAAUAUCUGGCUUAAUGUGUCUUCUGGAAAAACAUUGGACAGAGAGGCUUUGGAAUCUUCUGUUCUCUUGGUAACUUUGACCUGCUCUGAAGAAGGUUUUCCAACGGUUCAGUAUCGAAUUAUUGUCCAGGUCUUGAAUGAAAAUGACAACAAGCCACAUUUUUUGGAAGAAUCAGUGACUGCUCAGAACAUCAGUGAACUGGCAGAAGUGGAUUCCAUAGUAUUCACAGCUCAUGCUGUGGAUCAAGAUGGAGAUACCCUAAUGUAUGUAAUAGACAGAACAAUGGGGGAUUUUAAAUAUUUCCAUAUGGAUAUGCCAAAUAAUGGAAAGGUUCUGCUGUCUCGACCACUGGAUUACGAAAGCAAGCAGGAUCUGGAGAUUGUCAUUCAUGCUGUGGAAAUGACUACCAGAGAGCGACAGCGCACCUCAGUAAGAGUGCGUGUGUUUGUAAUGGAUGGAGAUGACCAGUACCCGCAGUUCCUCCCGUGUCACUAUAUGUCACAUGAUGGGCUCAAUCUCUGUGUCAGCCCUACUUAUGUGGUGAAUAUAACAGAAAUGGAGAAGCAGAUAGGGCCUCUAAUGUUCUCUCCAGGACCCAUCUUUGCUGAGGAUGGUGACAAAGGAAUAAUGGCUCCAAUCUCAUACUCAUUCCUGUCAGGUCCUGACUAUGACAAGUUUUCAAUCGACAACGUUACAGGAGUGGUCUCUCUGGUACACCCAAUAGAAAGGAAACUCAAUUCUUCCAUCAUCAGACUGAAGGUUAUGGCCUCUCAAGUUGGUGACCCCAGGAAAUAUUCUAUAGCUGAGGUGGAAGUACGAGUUCUAGCUGUCAACAAGCAUGCCCCACAGUUUGGUUCUAAUCAAUACCAAGCCUUUGUGCAGGAGGGUCACAGUCCAGCAGCCCUUGUCAGCACUUACAAUGGUCAAGUACUCUCAUUGCUACCACGUGAUGGAGACUUCCCAAAUGAAACCAAUCCUGAUAUCUAUCUUAAACUGAAAGUCAUGGCCAAUGACAGCCAGCUUUUUCAGUUGACACAGAGUGGACUGCUCAUAGCCAAAGCCAACCGACUGCAAGCAACUGAAACCUAUUCCCUUCAGGUUAUUGCAAGAGACAGGGAAUCUGGGGAAACUGCAAACUGCACAGUGAUUGUAAGAGUCUUGGCUCACGGUCAGGCAGCACCACGAGACCCAAAAGAGCCAAGGACCAUGUUCAAUCUCCCUGAUCUCCCAAUAGUGGCAGCUGGACUCUGUGCUCUGGGACUAUUGCUUGGAGUCCUACUUUUCCUCUUCAUUCGCAUUGUGAAAAAUCGUCGACAACAGCAGCAACAGAUGAGCCAGACAUCACUGGUGACUGAGAAAGACACUAGUGUGAGCUUGAAAUGGUUCCAGACGGUCAAUCCCACCAAACCUUCACCGCAGACAGAAGAACAUGGCUACCAAAAUGCAGCAUAUAUUGAAACUCCUGGAGAAGAGAGCUUGUGCAAAGAAAAAAGACAGGGCCAUCCAGUGGGCAGUCAAAGCAUAGACGCCAGAAAGAUGGAUGGGCAACCAGGAAAAGUGCAGAAGAGGGCACCAGCUGUAGCAGUAAUUUCUCCUGGGAACCAGUGUGCAGGAGCCUCUCCGUGUGCAAGCAGGGGGAAAGUGGCCGAGCCUUCAAACGCCACUCAAAGUAUUCAUCAAGAGACAGAAUCAUCUGCCGAGCUGCAUUCACAAAAACUGGGGGUCACCCAGGCCAUGGUAACAAAGCAAGGACUACAGAGCCAUCCAAUAAAGGCUGUACCAGUGGAAAAUAGCUGCCUCCCAGAUACAGGUGACCAGAACCCUUACUCAGACAAUGAGGAAGCAGAAAUACAGGAAAGUGUUGGUCUAUGGCCAGAUCCGCCUGUUCUGUCCAGGUUGCCCAUUGUAGUGGAAGUCAAUGAGGAGGUGGUGGAACAUGAUGGUGAGAUGAAUAGCCAACAUCCAUCAUUAGGCAGCGAGAUUAUCACAGCAGGCUCGCUCAUGCAGCUACUCGACGACUCAAUUGAAUGCUGAUGUUUGUAUGACUUGAUGUUCUGCUCACCCAUUCACUAUCAACAUGACAUGUCUUUCUGUCCCGCUCGACAAUUAAAUGUCAUUCAGAAGUAAUGGACAGUACAGGA